CAUGCUUGCUACUCCAGAUAAAAUGGAAACAGCAGCUAUAGCCAUCAUCAUCAUCCUGGGAAUAUUUUCAGGUUUAACCAACGGAGCUGGUGUGUUGCCAGACACUGUAAAUGCUGCUGUUGGAGAAACACUGAAGUUCACCACUACGUUGAGCCCUACAGAAAAACCAUUUACAUUAAUGAACUGGAAAUUUGGUGAUAGAGAUAUAAUCACUUCAGAUUUUCUAAACAGAACUGGACCAGGGUAUGAAGGUAGGAUCACCCUCUUCCCCUUAACGGGUUCUCUGGAGCUUUGGAAUCUGGCUUCAAGUGACAGUGGAGAAUACAGAGUUUUCAUUGUACCAUAUGAGGAAGCAGUCAAAACAGGGAGCACAAGAUUGCAAGUAUAUGAGCCAGUCUCCAACGUAGAGAUCUAUACCGGCAGCACAGACUUGGUGGAGUUCAGCAGACUCGUUCGUCUCUCCUGUUACUCGGCUGGAUCCUCCCUCUUUUUCUCCUGGACAAACGUCACCUCUCAUGUUACAGCCAGUGACAGAGUUCAGCUCAGUGAUGGAGGCUCCGUUCUCACCAUAACCAGUGUGACCCGCUAUGAUCAGGGACCGUUCUUGUGUACUGUGUCUAACUCAAUAAGCAAUGGAAUCAGUCCUCAAGUAAACCUCUCCAUCAGCUUUGGCCCUGAAAACACGAAUUUGACACUAUCAACAUCACAAGAUUACUUUGAGGAAGGAUCAGACAUCAGCCUGCUCUGCUCCUCUGACUCCAGACCUGAAGCUCACUUUACCUGGUUUCUGAAUGGAGACCAGCUGCCUGGUACUGGACCAGAACUUAGGCUGAUGAACAUUAACAUGAAUUAUAGUGGAAACUACAGCUGUAUGGCCUUUAACAACAAGACCCUGAGGAAUCAAACAACACAGUCCUUAACUGUAUUUGUACUAGAGAGAAUAUCAGGCGUGUCUGUCGUGCCAUCAACAAACCUGGCGAUUGAGGGGAACUCUGUCAAUUUAACAUGUGAUGCUGCUGGCUCUGUGUUUACCAGAAAGUGGAUGAAGGAUGGAUCAAAUCUCACACUGGCUGACAACAUAAUAUUUUACGACGAGAACAGAGUGCUGUCCUUUCAGUCUCUAACAAAACAUGAAAGUGGAGAAUAUUCCUGUAAAGUCAGUAACCCUGUGAGCAAUGAGGAAGCAAGACAUAUCUUGGUUGUAAACUAUGGACCAGAAAAUGUUCAAAUCAAAGGUCCAAGUGAGAUAAGUCUUGAUAAAAAAUUUACAUUAACCUGCUCUGCUGAGUCCACACCAUAUGCUGCCUACACCUGGAUACUGAAUGGGACAGAGAUAUACUAUUUGGCUGACUACAUCAAAAACACCACUGAACACUCAGAUAGUGGAAACUACACCUGUGUAGCCUGGAACAGAUUAACCGGGAGAAUAUCCUCUGCUGUGCAUGGAUUAACUGUGAAAGAAGAUGAAGGUCUUUCUGCAGGUGCCAUUGCUGGAAUAGUGAUUGCAUGUUUAGCGGUUGUUUCUUUUGCUGCUGGAGGAUUCUUUAUUUAUAAAAAGAAAUUUAGAGUCAAGAGCAAACCCAAGCCCAAAGAACAAUCCAUUAACACGAGUAGUGUAAAACUUGAACCACAAAUACAAGAGGAGCACAUUUAUGAGGAUAUGCAGACGCCUGAGCAAUUUGAAGUGAUGAAUCUCUUUCAACCUCAAGAGUAUGACAGCUACAUUGAGCUGCCCAGCUCUCUGGAUACUCUUGCUCAUAUCGACCAAGUGGGCGGCACUGCAGAGUUUGAGGAUAGGCUGGCGAUUGUGGACCUGUUAAAGCAUCUGCUGCAUCUUGACAGGGGUACAUUUCAAACAGUCAGUGAGUCACAUCAUGAAUGUAGUUUUGUUGUCUUUAAUUUUUCUGAACAUAAAUGUUCUAACUGUCUCUCAAUCUUAGCUACCUGUGUUGGUGAGGGUAUCUUACCGGCGGGACCCCUGAGCGGUGCAGUGGGAGGCAAAGUGAAGUUCACCACCACCCUCAGACCUCCAGAAAGUCCCUUCCUCUCAGUCAGCUGGAGCUUCAAAGCCGUGAACAUCAUCACCUCCACCAGCACCAAUGUCACUGAACCUGGACAUGCUAACAGGAUCUUUUUAGACAGGGCCACUGGGUCCCUGGAGCUCAGGAACCUGGUGCUGGAGGACAGUGGGGAGUACACGGUCACCAUCACACCGGACGCAGGACUGCAGCAACAGGGCAAGAUCACACUGAGCGUGUAUGUUUUGAUAUCUGGAGCCACCAUCCGCAGCCCGGCUGCCAUCUUGAUCGAAGACAGAAGCUCCACCAACCUGACCUGCGAGGCCUCUGGCUCCAUCACUACCAGAGAGUGGAUGAAGGACGGCUGGCCUCUUCAUGAGAGCGACCGAGUCCGUCUCUCCUUAGACAAAAGGACGGUGUUCAUACAACCUGUUCACAGCUCCAACCAUGGCACAUACCAAUGUCGAGUUAGCAACCCUGUCAGCACCAUGACUGUGGCUCACAAUCUCACCGUCAACUUUGGACCUCAUAACAUUUCAAUAUUGGAGCCAUCGGCAGCAACACUAGGCCACAAAGUGUCUCUGCAGUGCACAGCUGCCUCUGUCCCACCAGCAAACUUCAGCUGGAUGUUCAACGGCAACAAGACUGAUGUUAAAGAAUCUGUGUACAUCAUAGAGAGGCUGGAGGAAGACAGCAUCGGGAAUUACACCUGCAAUGCCAGGAACAUGGUGACCAUGCUGGAAAACUCCACAGUACUCUAUCUCAGAGCAUCCAGCACUGCUCCCUGCUGGUCGUUUUCAGUGCUGCUGAUCUGUAUGCUGGCUCUGAGAGAGUUGAGAGAAAGUGGCAGAUUCUUUCCAAUGUAAUGGGUUCAUUUUGGCCAAAGAUGACAUCAUUGUUGAGACAAAGUUGAAACUUGCACAGGAAAAACAAUCAUCUAAUUAAUGAAGAAAUAAUAUAAACGC